AUGGGGUUUUCCUUGAUGCUUUUGUCCAUUUGCACUAAUAAUACCAUUCUUCUUCUUCUCUGGUGCGGCAGCUGCAUGAGCUUGGCGCAUUCACAAUCAGAAGGAUCAAAAGGAACAGAUCGACUAGCCUUGUUGGCCAUCAAGGCUCGCAUAUCCAUUGAUCCCUUUCAUGUUGUGAGCUCAUGGAAUGACUCCAUCCCCUAUUGCGAGUGGCAAGGUGUUAUAUGUGGUGGUCACCGGCAUCCAAACAGGGUCAGAGCCUUGCGUUUACUUUCCAAUGGACUGGUGGGGUCCUUGGCUCCAGAAAUAGGAAACCUCAGUUUCCUUCGGAAGAUUUCGCUUGAGAACAAUAGCUUCCAUGGUGAAAUCCCUCGUGAAGUAAGUUUUCUGUUCAGGCUUCGUUAUUUAAGAAUAUUCAACAAUUCUUUUGAAGGGGAAAUCCCAUCCAACAUAUCACGUUGCUUCAAUCUUAUAAAUCUCGGUUUAUCUAACAACAAUAUUGUGGGGAAAAUUCCAGUAGAGUUUGGCACCUUGUCGAAGCUUCAAUUGCUUUCAAUCCAUGGCAACAAAUUGACGGGACAGAUCCCAUCUUCCUUUGGAAAUCUUUCAUCCCUUCAAACCAUUUCUGCAGCACUCAAUGAUUUAAGUGGAAGUAUUCCAGAUUCCCUUGGCCAAAUGGCAAGAUUAAUACAUGUCGGGCUUAGUGGAAAUAAGUUGUCUGGUACCAUUCCUCCCACCAUAUAUAAUCUUUCUUCACUCACUGUUUUUGAUGUGGGAUUUAAUAAUCUUCAAGGUACUCUUCCACCAAAUAUAGGCUUCACCCUUCCUAAUUUAUGGUGGUUUUUAAUUUCGAGUAACCAGUUUCAUGGGCCAAUUCCAAUUUCUAUGUCCAAUUUGUCAAAAAUCGAAAAACUGGAAGUUGGAGGAAACAAUUUUAGUGGGAAAGUGGAUAUCCAUUUUGGAGGCCUAUCGAAACUCAAUUGGCUUUCAUUCGACUCGAAUAAUUUGGGAAGUGGAGGGGCCGAUGACCUGAAUUUUAUCAACACAUUGACCAAUAGUUUAACAGGUCUGGACCUUGGUGAUAAUCGGUUUGGUGGUAUGUUCCCCAACUCUAUAGCAAACUUAACGACCCAACUGACAAUACUCGAUCUGUCAAAUAAUCAAAUAUCUGGAGAAAUCCCGAAGGGGAUAGGGAACAUUGAAAGCUUACAAAGCUUGAUCCUAUAUAGUAACUUACUGGAAGGAAGUAUUCCAACUUCAAUUGGGAGACUUCAAAUGCUAAAUAGACUCUAUUUAGAUGGGAACAGAUUCACAGGACCAAUCCCUUCUUCUUUUGGAAACUUGACACUUUUGAUUGAGCUAUCUUUAAAUGAUAAUCACUUGCAAGGAAAAAUACCUUCAAGUAUUGGGAAAUGCAAAUCUCUGUUACUCUUGGACCUUUCUCAUAAUAGUUUCAAUGGUAUCAUCCCUAGAGAGAUAUUUAAUCCUUCCAUGCUAGUAGAGCUAAACUUCAGUGGAAAUUCUUUCUUUGGUUCUCUACCAUCGCAAGUGGGUCAACUGACCAAUCUUGAAAUCUUAGAUGUUUCUAAGAACAUGUUGUAUGGGGAAAUCCCUAGCACCCUAGGUACUUGUACAAGCCUAGAGCACCUUUUAAUGGAGGGUAACUUAUUUCAAGGAUCUAUACCAUUGUCUUUGAGUUUUCUACGAGGUCUUCAAGAAUUAGAUCUUUCUCACAACAACUUCUCUGGUUUUAUCCCAAAAUAUUUGGGUAGAUUUAAGUUCUUACAGAACUUGAAUUUAUCAUUUAAUCAUUUGGUGGGUGAGGUACCAACAGAUGGAGUCUUUAAAAAUUUGAGUGCAAUUUCAGUCAUUGGAAACAAUAAGCUUUGUGGAGGUAUACCAGAACUUCAUUUACCACCAUGCCAAACGAAAAAGUCAAAAGAAGAUGGUAGGCCUCAUGUUUUCAAGCUGAUAGUCAUCAUAUGUGCGUGUGGGGGUUCUCUAUGUUUGAUAUUCAUGACAAUUUUUUUCAUUAUCUACCGAAGAAGAAUAAAAAAGAAAGAAUCUUCUUUACCUUUGAUAGACGGCUGUCAUUUUAAGAUCUCUUAUGCCCAACUUCUGAAAGCCACCGAUGGAUUUUCUUCUACAAAUUUGAUUGGAGUGGGGAGUUUUGGUUCUGUGUACAAAGGAGUACUUAAUCAUGGGGAAACUAUUAUUGCAGUAAAGGUCUUCAACACAACACAAGGAGGUGCUUCCAAGAGUUUCAUGGUUGAAUGUAAAUCCCUGAGAAACAUCCGGCAUCGUAAUCUUGUAAGAAUCUUAACAUCUUGCUCAAGUAUAGAUUUUGAAGGCAAUGAUUUUAAGGCUUUAGUUUAUGAGUUCAUGCCUGGUGGGAAUUUGGAGGGGUGGUUGCAUCUACAUGCAAAUGGAAUACAAGAUGAACAAAGACAUUUAAAUCUCGUUCAAAGAUUGAAUAUUGCCAUUGAUGUGGCAACUGCAUUGGAUUAUCUGCACCACCAUUGUCAUAUGCAAAUUAUUCACUGUGAUCUAAAGCCAAGCAAUAUUCUUCUCGAUGGUGAUUUGAUUGCACAUUUGGGUGAUUUUGGGAUAUCAAGAAUUCUUUCAAAAGCUACAAGUAGAUCUCAAAGUCACACGAGCUCGAUCGGAAUAAGGGGAUCUAUUGGAUACAUUGCGCCAGAGUAUGGUGCAGGUGUUGAUAUUUCAACCCAUGGUGAUAUCUACAGUUAUGGGAUUCUCUUGUUAGAGAUGUUCACAGGGAAAAGGCCUACUCAUGAAAUGUUCAAAGAUAACUUUAAUCUUCAAUGCUGGGCUGAGAUGGCUUUGCAUGAUGGAGUGAUGGUCAUAAUUGACCCAUCACUUCUCUCUGUUGAAGAAGAUGAAGAAGGUGAAGCAACAAAUGUAACCAACAUGACUGGAAGUCGAAGAUGCAUUAAAGAUAGAGUGCAAGAGUGUCUUAUAUCAGUUAUUAGGAUCGGAGUUGUUUGCUCAGCUGAAUCACCAUUGGAUCGGAUGGACAUAAAUGAUGUGGUCAAAGAGCUACUUCUGAUCAAGAACAUUUAUCUGGGAGUUGGCACUAAUCAAGGAAGAUGA